ACAAUGCCUGUAGAUCUGCUGCAUUUAGACAUAAAAAACAGUUUAAGAGAACGUUCACCAUCUCUGUCAAGUGUGCAACUUGCCAACACUGUCACCUACAAUGGCACAAAAUAUACCAAUGGGAUGAUAGUAUCUUACGGAUCCACCUGUGGACUGCCAGACUUUGCUGAGAUUACGCAGAUAGUCAUUUUGGACAGCUAUGUUCUAUUCAUUGUAAAGCUACUUGCUGCCUGGUAUGAAGAGCAUCUGAGAUCUUAUAAACUGGAGGACACUGGCAAGAUGACUCUUUUGGAGCAGCAGAAACUUGGUGAUGUGUACCCCUUGGUUGCCUACAAUGUGGGAGGAAAACGUAUGGUUACACUGAAACGUCACAUUUGUUGUGAAUUUUAGGCUGCCAGAAAUGGAAGCGAAGCUUCGUGUAAUAAUUGAUGACCGGAUUGAGAAGCUGGUUCUACCAUCAGGGAUCCCCCAAACAGUGCAGGAGCUGCAAAGUGUUGUGAAGGAUACCUUUGGUAUUGCAGAUGACUUCAGUCUUCAGUAUAUGGACUCAGAAUUUGAAGACUACUUUACUCUUAAUAGAAGUGACCAAAUCAAACACAAAGACACCAUAAAGGUUGUUCCCGCUGCUCCAGUUGUUCUUGACUUGGUUCCACUUGAAAGUUUUGGCAGCCCCUCUGUACAGCACUCAACUGACUGUGACUCUGCAUCAUAUGCAGAGUCGAUUGCUUCAAAUGCAGAGUCUAGUGGAACAUCAUCUUCACAGGACACCAUUAUUCUGAGUCCGCCGAGCACCACUGGACGAUGUCAACCCUGGCCAAAGCUGUUCCCUAUUCCAGUGUUUGCUUAUGAAACUGAGAUGUACCUUGAAAGAGCCACUGAGAACUUCAAGAAGAAUGGAACAUUUAUGACUACCUCAAAGGUCAAGGCAGACAUACUGGAGAAGUUGGCAGAAACUAUUUUUACAUACACAGCUUAUCCAUCAGGUGGACAGAUAAGUGAUGUUGCUGAGGCACUUGUCAAAAAAUAUCCAUGUCUCAAAGAAUCUGGUUCUUUUUCUGGUUACUAUGGCUGGCAACAAAGCUUAAAGUACAAGAUGGCAAAUUAUCGCACCAAACUGCGAGGCUUUGGUGUACCUGAGGUCCUGUGCAAUGCAGUUAAACACAAGAGCCCUGCUGACCAGAAAUCUGCCAAGAAUGUUAAGAAGCCCAGAAAGGCAGAGGUAAAUUAUCUCCCUCCAUACCCACCAGGAGAGGAUAAGGACAGUCAGGAAGAAGAGAGGAUUCAGUUGCUCACUGAAGUGAAGAAAAAAGACAAUGAGAAGUUGAUCAAAGAAAAAAUGGCUAAAACAUUUGCACACAGACGUCAUGAAAUCGUCAGCCUGUCACCCAGCAUUGAGGACAUCAAAGCUAGAUGGCCUGCUCUGUUUCAGGCCUCUCAUCUGCAGGAUGAAUUCCUAAGGAUUACCACAAUACACCUGGAACCAAAAUUCAUGGCCAAGCUGGAUGAGUAUUCUCCGAAGUUGUUGGCUGUCUUCAAUUCCAAGGGAGGAGCCAUGGGAUUGAAAUUGCAGGGCAUCUUGCUUAAGGCACAAAGCAAUCCAAGCAUCAAUACUACCAGAGAUCUUGUAAUUCAGUGCCUGAUGGUGUACCUCGGGGAACAUACCGAUCAACUCUUCAAGGAGUAUAAUGAUGUUGAUGGAGACAGUGUUUCACAAGACCUCAGUGAGCAACAAAUGAAAAUCUACAAAAUCAAGACCACACUGUCAGAGGACUGGGAUGAUGUUGGUAUCGUGGUUGAGGGGGUGAGAGUUUUGGCUGACCUGGGCAAUGUUCCAAGGGCCUGUGUCAUGCUUAUUGGGUUGGCAUACGCAGUGGAUCUUGCUUAUCCUAAAGAGCUAAGGUACACCUUAGAAGUAUUCCAGAAACUCUUCCUGGAACUGGACUCUACAAGGCUGUCACCAAAAGUGAACAGCCUCAAGAACAAGUUGCUUGCUUAAAUAUGAACUCUUACAGAGCGAAAGGGAUGCGAGUUCACUUUGAGUAAUAUGUGAUAUUCUUUCAAGUUAUGCACUUGCCAAGAUAGACCCAAGAUGGUCCCUGGUGUUUGACAGGUUGUAUUUGUUAUCUUCUUUUGUAUUUACUGUCUAUUUUAUUGGAACAUUAACUGAGUUGGCCUUUUCAAAACUAAGAUGGAUGACACAUAUUGUCAAGCUUAGUUUCUCAUGCACCUUCUUCAGACUUUAAGUUAUUUUUUUUUCUUUUACUAUUACAUGUUCAGUAAUAUUUUCACUGAUGGUGUAUUGUAACACUUUUAUUUACCGGUACUUAAAUUUGCAGUUUUACAGACAGUUACAGUGAGAAAAAACAAAACAAAAAUGUCUGUAGUCCAAGCACUGUCAGGUUCAAAUUUAGUUUGUAAUGUGUUAUUGAGCCCAAGUUGUACAUUCUGAUUUUAUAAUGGCAGAAAUGCAUUUAUACUUAAAUUUCUUCAUGUAUUCAAGUGAGGUGCUAAACAUGUAACCUGAAUGAAGGA